CCCUGCACUCUUUUAGGAUUCCAAGCGAGCUCCACCUACAAACUUCGCUUUCUCUGGUGCAGUUUUGACGUAUGUCACCCUAUCAGGCCAAACCACUCUUACAGAGGAGGACACUUCCAUGUUUUGCUGCACAGCUUUAGCCAUUGACUUCCAUACCUUUAUUUCUAUGAGCUGGAACAAAACAUAAAUACAGCAAUCUCGGCGCAUGAUAUUAAAUGCGUGCGCUAUCUUAACAGGACCGAGUUCUCCAAGUUUAUAGUUGUCGUUCCCCCUCCCUGUGAUGGAUGGCGCAGCGCAGAGGCCAGGUUGUGUCACAGCGCUCCGCUCGGUGGUGUAUCUCUGACCGUCCGUCCAAGACCCUGAGCUGGCGGAGAGCGGUAUACAAUUCCUGUUGUAAAACGCAGUCACGGAGCACAUCAUCCAAAAGCAAUGCUGUAACGUCGGCAAACUUCACCGUACGAUCGAGUCCUCAUCAGGCACCCGUCGUACGGAAAACAGCGUGCACCCUUUUGCCUGAAAGGGAAAUGACUCAUAGUUUCUGCCAUUGAGAAGAUUUACUGACUGUGGAGAUUCCCCUCUACUUUUCCACUUGUCACCUAAAAAAAUGAAUGCAUUUCCAGAAGGUUGAUUUGAAAGAAAAAGAGACAAUGGGAAAUUCAUAUGCUGGGCAACUGAAAUCUGCACGCUUUGAAGAGGCUCUGCACAAUUCAAUAGAGGCAUCACUUCGUUCCAACAGCAUUUCUCCUCGGCCAAUCUUCUCUCAGCUGUACCUUGAAUCAGAUCAACCACCUCUAUCCCCUGAAGCAGAUGUUAAACCAAAAAUAGAGGACCUUGAUAAAGAUAUUGAAGUUCAUCGCUAUGCACAGAGCAGCUCUUCUGGAUUCCCAGCCAUACAAGUUGGUAAUGGAAUGGACAAUGAAGAAGAGGAAGAAGAAGAGGAAAUGUCUGAGUCAAACAGCCCACCUAUUACAUACAUGCAGAAACAUGUCCCAGAAGGAUCCUGCACAACAGAUGGUUUCUGCCAAGCUGGCAAAGACCUGCGUCUAGUAUCACUCUCUACUGAACAAAUUGACAUUCCACCAGGGUUUGUGCUGGUAGGAGCCAAGUCUCCAAAUCUCCCUGAGCACAUUCUGAUCUGCGCAGUAGAUAAACGCUUUCUGCCAGAUGACAAUGGAAAGAAUGCACUUUUAGGUUUCUCGGGGAACUGCAUUGGCUGUGGAGAGAAAGGAUUUCGGUAUUUCACUGAGUUUUCCAAUCACAUCAACUUAAAGCUGACAACCCAGCCGAAGAAGCAGAAGCACUUAAAAUAUUACCUGGUCAAAAACUCUCAAGGUAUUUUCUCCAAAGGACCAUUGAUUUGCUGGAAAGAGUGCCGGACUCGUCAGUCGUCUAGCAGUUAUUCAUCGGCACUACCCUCUACCAAGUCAGUUGCUGCAGUUGUGGGUGCGCCUUCUCCAAAUAUAGACACUGUGUCAUCCAGUGGUUACGGCACUACUGUUGCUAGUUCUCAGACAGAGUCAACAUUUAAUCUGUGUCCAGUAUCAUCUGCUGCCAAUUACCCAGGAUGCCAGGACCUGUCCAGGAAUGGCAACAUAGCAAAACCUCUGGCUGUCACCAUGCAACACCUUGGGAAACCUCCAGUAACAGCUGCCUGUACAAAUGGCCAGUCACUUGGAUCUGUGCGAAUUAAUGGUAAUACCAAUAGUAACAGCAAUGGUGGAAAAUCCAAUCUGUUCAGUGCUUCUUCACCUCGGCUUCAAACCCUUUCAACUUCUUCAAGUCCUGGCUUGACCUCAGGAGAUAACAUCAUUAUGACAAGCUCUGGGCCACCUAAGAAACGUCAUCGUGGCUGGUCACCUGGGUCCCCCAUAUCUGCACCUGCAGUAGCCCCUGUUCCAGCUGUGCAGCCAGUGACAAGAUCUGAUGCUUUGCUCCCCGUUCCUGUUCCUCAGUCAAUCGUAGCCGGAGUUUUGCAGCCGCAAGCAAUCCCUGCAGGGGAAACUGUUAUCAUCCCUGAAAAUUUAUUAAGCAGCUCUGGAGUGAGACCUGUUAUUCUGAUAGGUUAUGGCACUUUACCAUAUUUUUAUGGCAAUGUUGGUGAUAUUGUAGUGAGUCCUCUACUUGUGAAUUGUUACAAGUUUCCACAACUGACUUCAGUUGAACUGGAACAGCUAGGAAUCUCCAACAGCCAGACCCUAACUGUGGAAAACAUGAUCCUGUUGACAAUACAAUAUCUGAUUCAUCUGGGUCCAGACCAGAUGCCUCUAAGGGAAGAGUUUGAACAGAUUAUGUUAAAAGCAAUACAGGACUCAAGCCUUAAAGAUAGAUCCUUACAAAUGGGAAGCCCUUCUUCCACCGUGUCUCCAGGACAAUUACCCUGGCUCGCUCGACUUGCUGCCAGUGUUUCACGAGAUUUGGUGCAAGUCGUUUUUACUCAAAACUCCCUGGCAGAAGGCAUUUCAGAGACCUUAAGAACUUUUGGUGAUGUCCAUCUACACCAGAAAGUACCUAACUAUGUGGUAGUCAUUUGUACAUCAAAGCUGAGAGGAAUUGAAUUCUGUGUGGUGGUUUUAGGUCAUUAUCAAUCCAGAAUGCUGGCAGAAAGCAUGCUUACUACAAAUGAAUUCCUUAAGGAAAUCAGUUAUGAACUGAUUACUGGAAAAGUCAGUAUUUUGGCAUCAUAUUUCAAAACCUCUCCCCAUGGUGAUAACUUAGACAAAUUCCUAGAUAAAUUUCAGCAGAGUCGAAACAGUAAUGUUGCUAUUCCAUUCAAUGGAAAUGUUUCUGACUACAUUCCAGCAGAUGAAGCUGCAGCAAUGACAACAAUGCAGUGUUUUGAUUCACCUACUGAAGUGUUUCAGAUUCAUCCUUCUCAGCUCAGUAUUGCCCGAAAGUUGUUAUCUCAGGUUUGUGCAAUAGCAGACUCUGGAAUGCAGAACCUAGAUUUGGGGCGCUUUGGGAAGGUUGACUUCAUUAUUUUACUGCCAUCAUCAGAGAUUCUUUUCCAACAGACUUUGCAACGUAUUCGACAUUCAGGAGUACUUGUGGACUUAGGUCUAGAGGAGGACACUGUAGCCUAUCAAAGGGCUGAGAAAUAUAUUAUCCGGUUAGACCAUGACAUUCAGAAUAAGUUUGAAGCUUUCAUGAAAAAGGUCAAGCAGAACCCAUACACACUCUUUGUUCUUAUUCAUGACAACUCUCAUAUUGAUUUCACUAGUUUUUCAGGUUCUGCAACACAUGGGGAAUCCAGCCAGGUUCUGUCGGAUAAGUUUAUUAACUCACAUGAGGCACUUGAGGCCUGCAAUUUACUUGUAUUGCAGGUCAGCUCCUUUCCCUUCACUUUACAGACACAACAAUCCCGUGUCAACUUCCAAAAUGAAGUGCACUGGGUACUGCCCAGCAAUCCUGAGGAGAUCAACAAUGAGGAAAUGGUGUAUUUUGGUUUGUCUGAUUACAGUAAAUCCUUACGGUGGGGAAUCACGAGCCCUAUCCUAAGAUGUGAUGAGGCAUUUGAAAGAAUGGUGACUACUUUAAUGGAAAGGUAUCCCAGAUUGCAUAGCAUGGUGAUUCGAUGCUACUUGCUUAUUCAGCAGUAUGCUGAAGCAAUGAUGGCUGUAACAUCGAUGAAUUUACUGAGAGAACACACUACUCCUGAGACUCUGAGUAUUAUGGAUGAUUUGAUCAGUUGUCCUGGGAAAGACAAGAUUGGACGUGGACAUAUGCUCUUGAUACGAGUACCAUCCAUGCAACUAGCAAUGCUUGCCAAAGAACGACUCCAAGAUGUUCGUGAUAAACUUGGUCUGCAGUAUCGAUUUGAAGUACUUCUGGGCAACCCUGCCGCAGAACUCAGUGUCGCCAAGCACUUUGUUACACGAAUGAAGGUAUGGAGAGGGUGUGAACAGGAGGAAUGGAUCCCUCAUACCUAUCAGGAUUUGGAAGGUCUCCCAUGCAUCGUCAUUUUAACUGGUAAAGAUCCACUUGGAGAAUCAUUUCCAAGGUCCAUGAAGUACUGUGAUCUUAGGUUAAUUGACUCCAGCUACCUCACACGCACAAGUCUUGAGCAAGAAGUAGGCCUCGCUUGUGGCUACAUUUCUAAGAGUGCUGUCAGAGAAACCAUUGCAGUUCUGGAACAAACUGAGAAGGAGCAGGAGAAGGUUCUUAUCAGUGAGAAUGAAUCUGAUGAAUUACAGAUUGACCUAGAGAGGCCACAAAGUAACAGCAGUGCAAUCACUGGAACCUCAGGUUCCAUAGCAGAUAAUGGAGUGACCAUCUCUAGUGCUCUGGACUCAACACAAAAACCUGUUUCAUCACUGAGCUUUCAGAAUAUUGUAAACAACUCCAGUGAUGAAGGCACUUCAGCACAUACCUCAACCAGUGUAGGCAGCGAGGGCUGCAAACAGGAGUGUGACUCAGAAGGGAAAGAAACUGCAAGCAGUACAGUCUCAAAAUCAUCCAUAUCGUCUGUGAAUUCUCGCCAAUCUAUUAUACUUAAUAAAGACUUCAGGACUCCACACCUCAUUUUUCAACGCACUGUAAUUUUAUCAAAACCAGUAUAUCAUCUUCUCGUCUCCUCAAAAAACGAACACUUAUGCUCCGCCAAUUUGUUGCCCCAUGCUGAUAUGGCUUGGACAAGCUCACUGAGAUCACCCUUUCAUAAAGACUUGAGCAGUGAAGAACAAUCACUUUACUACAGACAAUGGACAAUUCCCAGGCAACAUCAUGCAGACUUUAGCAAUAAAAAUGAAGGAGGUUCUGGAAAUUCCCAUCAGCGACGGUUAUUAUUGGUGGGACCACCACAGAUUGGGAAGACAGGUGCAUACUUACAGUUCCUUAGGAUUCUUUUUCGAAUGUUAAUAAGACUUCUAGAGGUUGAUGUAUACAAUGAAGAAGAAAUUAAUGAGGAGAUGAAAGAGACAAAUGAGCAGGCACAAGGAAUUAACACACAGUGGCCUGACAUUGAACUCUUCAGCAAAAUGAUCUUUGACUUGACAGUACAUGAUCCAAGAUAUCGCCACAUAAGUCCUGUGUACUCAGACAAGCUGCCAAAGAUUAAGCUAGAAAGUGGUAAAGAACGCAGUCCAACUGAAGGAUCAGCAAAACGAGAGACUGUCUCUAUCAUGCUAACCAAGUAUGCUGCAUAUAACACCUUCCAUCAUUGUGAGCACUGCCAUCAUUACACAGACUUCAACCCAGCCACACAGGUUUCUGAUUCUACACUGCAUGCAUUUACAUUUUGUUCCUCCAUGUUGGGAGAGGAAGUGCAGCUUCACUUUAUUAUCCCAAAGUCAAAGGAACAGCAUUUUGUCUUCAGCCAACAGGGUAAACACCUGGAAAGUAUGCGUCUGCCUCUUGUUACAGAUAAGAAUCCCAAGUCAGUCAAGAGUCCUAUCUUUACACCUACUACUGGGAGACACGAGCAUGGCCUGCUGAACCUCUACCAUGCCAUAGAGGGUGCAAACCACCUUCACGUCCUGGUAGUCAAAGAGUUUGAAAUGCCUCUCUAUCGAAAAUAUUGGCCCAAUCACAUUAUGUUGGUACUACCUGGCAUGUUCAAUGAUGCAGGGGUGGGUGCUGCCCACUUUCUAAUCAAAGAACUUUCAUAUCACAAUUUGGAAUUGGAACGAAACCGUCAAGAAGAGAUGGGCGUCAAACGACAGUGUGUGUGGCCAUUUAUACUUGUCAUAGAUGACUCUUGUGUCCUUUGGAAUGUUCAUAAUAUAUCAGAAUCAGACAGUGAAACGAAGGAACCCAUAGUUUCCACAAAGAACGUUUCCUUGAAGACUGUAAUGCUGCACAUUGAGGCCACACCAAAGAUUACUCAUUAUGCACUCUGUGGAAUUCAAAAAUGGAACAGCAAGCUAAAUGCUAGCAAAUUGAGGAUGCCAUUCUCUCGCUGUCACAUACAUGACUUUAUACUGUUGAAUGUUGACCUGACACAGAAUGUACAAUAUGAUCUAAACAGGUAUACCUGUGAAGACAUUGACUUCAACCUACGGACAAACAGCAGUGGUUUACUUAUUUGUCGAUUUAAUCACUUUAGUCUCAUGAAGAAAUGCAUCCAGGUUGGAGGGCAUAAAGACUUUGUCAUAAAACCAAAGAUUAUGGUGUCUGAAAGCCUCAAUAUCAUUUCUGCCUCUCAGUAUGUCUGUGCUCCAGAUAGUGAAAGCACAAUGUUAGCUGCUCCAGCCCAGUUUCUCCUGGAAAAGUUUCUCCAACAUGCCAGUUACAAACUCUUUCCUAAAGCUGUACACAAUAGCAACAACCCUGUGUUAGCCAUUGAUUGCUACAUUAACCUUGGUCCUGAGAUUUCUGUGUGUUACGUAAGUUCACGACCUCACUCGAUUAACAUAAAAUUUGAGGAGGUUUUGUUCAGUGGACUUCUACUCUACCUCUGUGACUCAUUCGUUGUUGCCGACUUUCUCAAGAAAUUCGUGUUUCUUAAAGGUGCCACACUUUGCAUGAUUUGUCAAGACCGAAGUUCAUUACGUCAAACAAUUGUACGCCUGGAAUUGGAAGAUGAAUGGCAGUUCCGGCUGCGUGAUGAGUUCCAGACAGCUAGCAGCAGUGAUGAUAAGCCACUUUAUUUUCUUACUGGACGGCAUAUUUAAAUUAACUUCAGAUGGCAAGAAACAAUAAUUACAGGUGAUGGGUGGCACUAAUAACAGUUUGAUAAAGCACAAUUUAUAAUUCCAUGGAAGGGUAAUGUGGCACAAUUGUGUAGAAAAAGUAUAUCGAAAUUAGGUCACUUUAACAAACGAUUAUAUCAGAACAGAAGCAUAGUCCUCAGAGAUGAGAGGGUGAUGUUCUGACAUCAGUAACUCCAGAAAAGAGUUAAUUUUGUGAUUUGUGAGGAAAACAGCUUUACGUACGACUUGGUACAUCGACCUGUUCAACGUGGCAGAAAAAAAGCAGUAUGAGCUGCAGAAUGUGUAUAUGUCCAUCAUAGGUUUGACCAGUGCUACUCAUUUUAAAACAAGUUGCAAGUACACCUGGUUCAAAGCAGAAUGAACAACUCUUAAUAGAAAUGCUUCACUUGAAAGGAAUGAAACCAAAGCAGUGGAGUGAAAGGAAUUGAAGACUGUAUGUUGAAGAUUCUCCACGUCACCAUUCUGACUGUAUGUAUUUACAGUUAAGCUCAGGGGUUUAUAUUUAGGUGAUGCUGGAGAAGAGUCACUCGUAAUCAUGCUAAUUAUUCUCUUAAUUUUUGUUGUGUAUGAUUUCAUACUUACUUGCUGUAAUACUUCACCCUUAAGGAUUUUUUUUAAAGAAAGCUCACAUUUCUUUUGAACAUUUCAAUCUAAAUGCAUUGGUAGGGAAACUGCAAGAUUUAAUUAUAUGAUGUGGGUGUUGCUAUAGAUUUAAUGGAAUCUUGAUUAGAACCAUUUCUGACUGCACACGAUGCAGGUAUUGGUUAAUCUGUAAUUUCAUUUAACUAAAAUGUUUUUGUGCUCUUUUGUAUAACCUCCCCAAGAGUACUUCUUUUAUAUAUUGCACAGAUGGUUGUAUGUUUUUGCUUACACUUACAGCAUUGUUUUCAUUGGAUUCUAAUUUCAUGCAAAUUGCUAUUAAUAAUGCAUUGAAUUAGUUUUUGGUUGGCUGAAUGUGCAGUCUUGACAUGUUGAAAAUCAACAUCUUUUCUAUUUUAAAUGUUAAAUGCUGUUAAGAGGUUGAGGCAUUCUGCAUUUCAGUUUCUUUUUUGUACAACACAUGAAAAGAGUAAAUAUGCACUCAUAUCAUGUCUUAGUGUUCCCUUCUGUGUUGACUGUAAUGUGUCUUUUUAAUAUUUUCAUUUUUUUAAGAGAUGCUCUGUAGGGAUAUAAAUGAAAGUAAAAAUUAAUUUAGCUGUAUUUUAUCCACAUGAUCACUGUGCAACACCAUUUCAUGUUGACUAUUUCUUGUAAACGAUACAGCAGUCAUGUCACCUAGAGAUCUUCUAUAAUUCGUAUGAGAUACAGGGAUAAUAUCAACAACUUGGAAAAAAUAAAAACAGUUGUAUUAAACUUUGAAAUUAACGAUGGCCCCAUAAAAUUGAUAAUCUGUACUUGUACUGCGAAAUGUAAAAUCAUGACUGUUGACACACAAAAAUAUUAGAAUACAAACAUUGCAAAUUGACAUUUGUAGAGAAAAAUCAACACAUUUUUAUAUUAUAAUUGGAAAGUGUCUGUACAAUGUUAAAUUUAGACCAUACAGGUAUUAGCCUGCCAGCAGCAAUAUUCGUGUGCACUGAUAGCUAAGGUGGACAUUGAGGUUGCAGUUGAGUGGAAAAAAAAUCAUUAUUAAUGAGAGAACUUAUAAAGAAACCACAUUAUUGUAAAUAUUGCCAAUUAGAAGCAAACACCUAUCUUUUAUUUCAGUGUAGUUCUCUCUCCCUUUGCACUGUAAGCAAUUUCUUGUCACAACAAUAAUAAUUACAGAACUAUUUCAACUGUUAUAUCGACUCAGUGUAUGUGAGCUUUAUACAAAAGAUAUAGCCGUAGAGGUUUAUGGAUUUUAAAGGAUCCAUGAUAUUGGUGUUGGGAGAUGGAUUAUAGUAACAUAAAGGGUAAGUCUUAUUGUCACAGAUCUCAGGUACCUUUGUAUUACAUGAAUGUAUUGCUGAAGUUCAAAUUUCACUGGCAGGACAUAAUGCUACAAUUUGCUUGCUAUGGGCUGAGAAUAGAAGUCACUAAAUGAACUUUUGACCUCUACAUUGUAAGUACUUGGUUUAUAUGUACUCUUGCAAUAGGCUUUGUUUGAAUCAUAUCUUGUCCUUCUUAAGCUAACCUUCAGUAAUCGUGAAAUCAAUAUAUUUUGCUGUGCUUGGCAAACUGUCAUGGUAUAGCACCCAGUCUUGUCACUGAACUUUGUGCAUUUUAUCAUUGAAUGUAUGCUGUGUUAGUUAGAACAACAUUGUAAAUUCACUUUUAAAUUUGUAGUACAUAAUAUAAAUUCUUCUGCAUUUGUUGUACUCUUAACGUACAGUGAACAAGUUAGACAGGCCAAUUGGAAAAAUAAGUGGAAAUUCAAGUUUCAGGCUGGAGUGAUAAUUUUCUGUUCCCGUUUUGCUAAGGCUGUUCUCACACAGACUUCUGCUGUUUUUCUUGCAGGUAAUUUCCCAGUAUAUUGUGUGUAGUGAACGUGAGGCAUAUUUUUAUAAAAUACAUUGAUUUUGCUACAUGCUAUGCAGGAAAGUUUUCCAAAUGUUGGAAUGUAUUACUUUCGCGCCACUGAUCUGCAUUGGAAGGCUUCAGUUGCGUAGUACAGUUGUUUUCUAUUUCAUUUAGAUCUAACUUUUAUUUUGUUCUUUAUUGCAUUUCCAGUUUCAAACAACAUAUUAGUUCCUUAAAGCCAUUCUUACCAUAAACUACAACUACUCCUAUUCAAAAUAGCACAAGACACCGAAUUGUCACUUUUCAAUUUCAAAGCCUGCAAUGAAGAUGUUCAGUUGGAGAGGAAAUUCUUAGACAAGAAAAGGAAGAACUAGUCCAUGCAUUUUUUUCAUCCUUCACAAAAUCUUCCUUGAAAGAAUAGCAUGAAGACAAUACUGCUUAUCAUGUAGUUGCUUUCAAACCUAAAGCAUCUAAAAUUACUUCCACGUGGUUCUCAAAAGCAUACAAUUUGAGAACACUUGUAAAUUUUGAAUCAUAUGGUAUUCAGCAUUGACAUGAUUAAGUGAUGUAACUUGAUUAACUGUAUUCUGAGUUUUAACUGAAAAUAUUGCAAAAAUGCAACAGAUCAUAUUAAUACCACAAAAAAGUGAUUCUCCAUUUCUGCUGUAACUCUUCAUGUUAGCAGCCAGUACUAUCUGUAGAUGGUGGAAUCCCCUGACAUCCAAAGAAACAGGGGGAAACUCAUCCUGGUUGAAACCGAUUACCCCAAGCCAUUUGGCAUUUCAAGGAGAUGGUGAUACUUCUAGCCCUCGGUCAAUAGGAAGUUCCACCUUCAGCUGGCAGCCAAUCUGACUUAUCCCAGCAGCAUCAGAAGUUGAAAUGGAUUAAGUCCUGAACCAGCGAAGUGUGGUGGUCUCAGGGUUAGCAUGGGGCAUGAGGCCUGGAUGUUGGGUAAUAGGGAGGUUAGAGGCUAUUGGAAAAAUAGGGAUGGCAGGUGGGAAAUCCAACAUUGAAGAGGUCACAGGUGGAGGCACCACCUUCUUCCUCAUGGAGGCCUACCCAAGAGGCAUCCCUGUAACUGCUGAAUUCCUCCAGCUACCCCAAGAAAUGAAACUGAGAGAGAAAGGCCAUUAAAUGAUCACUAAAUGGCCAUAAAACCUUUAGUAGGGGGUAAGGGAGAACUAGUCUAUGCAUUGUACAUCCUGCCACAAAAUGGUGGUCAGGUCAGGAUGGAACAAACACCCAGGAGAAACUACUUUUUGCCCCUCAUCCACUUUGCUACAGAUUGUCUUCUUCAACCCCUUUGGUAGCUAAGGAUGCAUUUCUCAGAGUUUUUGCUUAUGACAACAUAGAUAAAGUUACUGGAUCUGAUUUUAUGUUGCCACAAGCAAAAACUGACGAAUGCAUCUUCA